CUGCGGUUGCGCCAUUAGGGAAGGCUGGAAGACUUCCGGGAAGCAACAAUGGGAGCGAGUGUGACGGUUGCCUCCGGGGCCGCCGGACUGAAGUAGCGGGCACUGAACCGGAGGAGUUAGCAGCCGACCGGCCUUCGGCUCCAGCAAGUUCCAGCCAUGGACCGGGACCUUCUGCGACAGUCGCUCAACUGCCAUGGGCCGUCUCUGCUCUCCCUGCUCCGGAGUGAACAGCAGGACAAUCCGCACUUCCGCAGCCUUCUGGGGUCGGCGGCGGAGCCUGCCCGGGGCCCGGCGUCCCAGCAGCUACAGGGCAGAAAAGAGAAGAGAGCUGAAAACUUUGAAAUACAAAAAUUCAUUUCCAAAAAAGCAGACCUCCUUUUUGCGCUUUCCUGGAAGUCAGAUGCACCCGCGGUUUCUGAAGUUAAUGAAGACAGUGAAGAUCAGUAUGCAGUCAUGCCGCCUUUAGAGCAGUUUAUGGAGAUACCUAGUGUGGACCGCAGAGAGCUGUUUUUCCGAGACAUUGAGCGUGGUGACAUAGUGAUUGGAAGAAUUAGUUCCAUUCGGGAAUUUGGGUUUUUCAUGGUGUUGAUCUGCUUAGGCAGUGGCAUCAUGAGAGAUAUAUCUCACUUAGAAAUCACAGCUCUUUGUCCACUGAGAGACGUGCCUUCUCACAGUAACCAUGGGGACCCUUUGUCUUACUACCAAACUGGUGAUAUCAUCCGAGCUGGAAUCAAGGAUAUUGACAGAUACCAUGAAAAGCUUGCAGUAUCUCUAUACAGUUCAUCUCUUCCUCCACACUUAUCUGGUGUUAAAUUGGGUGUCAUUAGUUCUGAAGAGCUUCCUUUGUACUAUAGGAGGAGCGUUGAACUGAACAGCAACUCUUUGGAGUCCUAUGACAAUAUCAUGCAGAGUUCCUUGGGAUUUGUUAAUCCAGGAGUAGUUGAGUACCUUCUAGGAAAACUAGGAAUAGAUGACUCUAAUCCACCAUCUUUAAUGAGAGGCCUGCAAAGUAAAAAUUUCUCUGAAGAUGAUUAUGCUUUGGCGUUAAGGAAAAAACAGUCUGCAUCCUGGGCUUUAAAAUGUGUGAAGAUUGGAGUUGAUUAUUUUAAGGUUGGACGCCAUGUUGAUGCUAUGAAUGAAUACAAUAAGGCUCUGGAAAUAGACAAACAAAAUGUGGAGGCUUUGGUAGCCCGCGGAGCAUUAUACGCAACAAAAGGAAGUCUGAACAAAGCAAUAGAAGAUUUUGAGCUUGCAUUGGAAAACUGUCCAACCCACAGGAAUGCAAGAAAAUACCUCUGCCAGACACUUGUAGAAAGAGGAGGGCAGUUAGAAGAAGAAGAAAAGUUUUUAAAUGCUGAAAGUUACUAUAAGAAAGCUUUGGCUUUGGAUGAGACCUUUAAAGACGCAGAGGAUGCUUUGCAGAAGCUUCACAAAUAUAUGCAGAAAUCUUUGGAAUUAAGAGAAAAACAAGCUGAAAAGGAAGAAAAACAGAAAACAAAGAAAAUAGAAACAAGUGCAGAAAAGUUGCGUAAGCUCUUAAAAGAAGAGAAAAGGUUAAAGAAGAAAAGAAGAAAAUCAACUUCUUCCUCUUCAAGUAUUUCUUCUGCUGAUGAGUCAGUUUCUUCAUCAUCCUCUUCCUCUUCCAGUCACAAAAGGCAUAAGAAACGUAAGAGGAACCAUUCAGAGUCUUCUCGCAGUUCCAAAAGGCAUCCAUCUAAGGCACCCUCAAGUCAGAUGGACCAGAAUAGGCAAGAUGAGUACCACCCACCUCCAGUCAGUACUUCAGCAUCUUUUCUUAACCAAAAACACGAAGUGGAAAAACUACUGGAAAAGCAGGAUAGGUUGCCAUAUCAAAAGAUACAGGUAAAAGAGAAAAAUAAAUACUCUGUCUCUUCAUCUUCAGUUGAAAUUCUGGAUGAUUUUGGAGGUAGGUCUGAAGAUCCAAGAGAUUUUUAUAAUAGCUAUAAAACCCAGGCAAGUAGUAGCAAGACAGGAAAGCCAUAUAAGUCAGAAAGACAUUUUUCCAAUAGAAGAGAUUCCACAGAUUCCUUUUGUAGGAACUCAGAGGACAAGAUAAAAAAUUACGGGUCCAGGAGAUCUGACAGGGAUCUAGAGGGAAGAAAAGAGCACUCUAGAAGGUGGGAGUCAGGUUCUGGGAGAUGCUCCACUUCACCGUCAAGCUCAGACUAUUCUUGGAAGUCACUUGAAAGAUAUAAGAGAUGUACUUAUUCUGGAUCACACGAUUUUAGUAAACAUGAGCAAAGAUACCAAUCAAAUACAAAUCAAGGACAGUAUGAAAGGGAGGACAAUUAUGGGGAAGAUAUUAAAACACAGGUUCCAAAAGAAGACGGACUAAAUAGCAAAGAGCAAUCAGAAAGUAGAGUUAAAAAGAAUUUACCUCAAAAUUUACUCAAUAUAUUUAAUCAGAUAGCCGAGUUUGAGAAAGAAAAAGGAAAUAAGCCAAAAAAUAAUUAGUAUGCCAAGGAAAUCACCGUUACACUAAAGACUAAUUGUGUGUUUUUUAGUCACAGCAGUUUAGUGCAGAAGUCUCUGCUCCUAAAAUUAUUUUAUUUGUGGAGAUUGCAAAGAGCGGAAUGUUUUUGCUUUUUCUCAGAUUACAUUUGUUUCAGUUGCAGGUCCCCUUUUCACAGCUUGAUUCUUAAACUUUUCAUGUGUAUGUUUAUGUACAGUAUUUCCUACUUUGAUGAUUUAACUUGUUCACCUAAAAAUAAUUCUCUGGAAGUAUUGUUUCUUCAUUUUAUGAUGGUGUAUGAGAAUUUCUAGAUCCACUUUAUUCUUUCUGCUAAUUGAGAGAAAAUGAAAUUUCUUUGUUGAAUACUUGGAUCGUUUUUAUCAAAUAUUAUUUUCUGUUAAAAGCUGUCAGCUUUUGAAAGAGGUUGUAUGUUUGAAUGUUCCUUAAGUACCGUUUUACAUCCAUCAUUUGUUUAAGUAUCAAAUUUUUAUAUAGUUGUAUUAUUUUAAAAUGGUAGAUUAUCUGUCUUUUUCAUUGGCCUCUAAGGCCUGAUUUAAUUAAACUGGAUUGAGUGCCA